AUAGUAGCAGAAAGUCCUCCUUUUCCGAUUCUUACUCACUAACACUGCUUCUCUUUCUCUCUCUCUAAGGAAACGAAAAUUUUCUCUGUUUUUCCUCAGCUGGAACUUCGCUGCUUUUGAGGUCAUCUCCGCCGCCUUCCGCCGCUUCAGAAUCUGAAGGCAUUUAGUUUUGUGGAAACAGGGAUUUUGUUACUAGCUACACAGCUAGAGUUUAGUGAUCAGUGCAAUAAUUUCUGGGCUGGCAUUAAUUGCGAGUCCCUUGUUUGUUAGGCUCUGUAUGCGUCGUCAGUUCUUGGAAUGAAGAAUUCUUCAACUGCGUCACUCUCUUUCCUCGGCUUUUUGUAAUCAUAUUUGUUGAAACAAGGGAGUGGCAUCGUGCCGCUUAUUUUUAUAAUCAGCUGAGAUCUGGGUUCAGGAAAAAGACUCGUCAAAACAGCAAGAUCUGCCAGAAAUAAUUCCUUUUUAAGUGGAAGAAAUCGAAGACAAUGUUGGGUCAGAAGCAAGCAGAGGAAGCUAUUGUCUCCAACUUGGAUGAAACUGAAAAUGAUGGAGGCGGCGGCGGCAAGGAUGAGGAGACAGUCGAGGACCACUCCAUUUUCAGCCUCAAGAACGUCCUCUGGCACGGCGGCUCCGCCUGGGAUGCCUGGUUCAGUUGUGCUUCCAAUCAAGUUGCACAAGUGCUGUUGACACUUCCCUACUCUUUCUCCCAACUUGGAAUGCUGUCCGGAAUCGUCUUCCAAGUCUUCUAUGGUUUGAUUGGUAGCUGGACAGCUUACCUUAUCAGUGUUUUAUACGUCGAGUAUCGAAGCAGAAAGGAAAAAGAAGGUGUUAGCUUCAAGAACCAUGUCAUUCAGUGGUUUGAAGUGCUGGAUGGAUUACUGGGUCCAUACUGGAAAGCAGCAGGUUUAGCCUUUAACUGCACUUUCCUUCUAUUCGGAUCUGUCAUCCAACUCAUAGCCUGUGCAAGUAACAUAUACUACAUAAAUGAUCACCUGGACAAGAGGACAUGGACUUACAUAUUUGGAGCUUGCUGCGCCACCACUGUUUUCAUUCCCUCUUUCCACAACUACCGGAUUUGGUCCUUUUUAGGACUUGGUAUGACCACUUAUACCGCCUGGUACUUGACCAUUGCUGCUCUUGUUCAUGGCCAGGUUGAAGAUGUGCAGCACUCGGGUCCGAAGAAACUAGUCCUUUACUUCACCGGCGCCACUAAUAUACUGUAUACGUUUGGUGGACAUGCUGUCACUGUGGAAAUCAUGCAUGCGAUGUGGAAACCCCAAAAGUUCAAGUACAUUUACUUGUUGGCAACGCUGUAUGUUUUCACUCUAACACUUCCGUCGGCUUCGGCCGUCUAUUGGGCUUUCGGCGAUCAGCUCCUCAACCACUCCAACGCGUUUUCGCUCCUCCCCAAGAAUGGUUGGCGCGAUGCUGCCGUUAUCCUUAUGCUCAUCCAUCAGUUCAUCACAUUCGGAUUUGCAUGUACACCGCUCUACUUUGUGUGGGAGAAGGUGAUCGGGAUGCACGACACAAGAAGCAUAUGCUUGAGGGCGCUCGCAAGACUACCGGUGGUGAUACCAAUAUGGUUCUUGGCCAUAAUCUUCCCAUUCUUUGGCCCCAUCAACUCCGCUGUAGGCGCCCUUUUAGUGAGUUUCACCGUCUACAUCAUCCCAGCCGCCGCCCAUAUGCUCACUUAUAGAAAAGCCUCCGCUCGUCAGAAUGCCGCUGAGAAGCCUCCAUUCUUCUUGCCAAGCUGGACCGCCAUGUACGCCUUGAACACGUUCAUCGUGAUCUGGAUCUUGGUUGUGGGUUUCGGGUUCGGUGGAUGGGCUAGCAUGACCAAUUUUGUUAGACAAGUGGACACAUUCGGCCUCUUCGCAAAGUGUUAUCAGUGUAAGGCUCCGGCGGGCGCCCAUCAAGCACCGCCGCCAUCCCACCACUGAUCAAGGCCUGGAUCAUAUUUGAUUUAGAAGAAAAUUAAUCAAGAUUCUCCUUCCAUAUUUUGUAAUAUACAUGGGGAGAUUGUAAUGUUUCCCCUAAAUGUCAUGUGUGCUUUUAUUUUUAUUUUUUCUUCUUUUAAUGUUUAUUUAAAAGUAUUAGGUGUGGUAGCGUGUUUGAAUUGUGAUGAUUCCUUUGCUUGUCAAAGCAUAGCCUAAUUAUGUAAGUUUGUAGUCCUUUUUUCCUUCUUCA